AUGGGAGAAUUGAAUUUCGUCUUGGGGCUACAAGUCAAGCAAACUCCUAAGGGCACAAUGAUAAGUCAGCAGAAGUACAUCAAAGAACUUCUGAAGAGAUUUAAAAUGGAAAGAUCAAAAAUCAUUGAUACUCCUAUUGUCACUGCCACUCAUCUGGACUUGAAUGAACCUGGUUUUCCUGUGAAUGAGACCAUGUAUAGAGGUAUCAUCGGGUCACUCCUGUAUCUCAUAGCAAGCAGACCAGAUAUUGUUUUCAGUGUGGGACUCUGUACCAGGGUUCAAUCUAAUCCAAAGGAAUCUUAUCUAAAAGCUGCCAAGAGAAUCUUGAGGUAUCUUAAAGGAACGCAGGACCUGGUUCUCUACUAUCCCUCAGGCGACAGUUUUGAUUUAAUCGGGUAUGCUGAUGCUGAUUAUGCUAGUUAA